AUGUCCGAGGGAGUACGCAAGAGAAAUCGCAUCUCCUUAUCUUGCAACUAUUGCAAACGGAGAAAAGUCAAAUGUGAUAGAGGCAACCCAUGCUCUUCUUGUGUCAGGUAUAACGUUGCAGAGAAGUGUCUGUACCCAGGGAUAGACGAAUCUAACGAAUACACAAAUGGCAAUGCCAACAGUUUCAAAGACUUGGGGGCUAAACCUGCGUUUGUGGUCCGUACUUUCAAAUCCACAAAUGGAAUCAAUAAUAGUCCCACAAAUACAACCGCCUAUGACCUCGCGAGCCCCAGCAGUGUCGACAGUGGUACUGCCACAUGUUUUCAAGGUACACAAAUAUAUUUGGCCAAAAACCCGUACGUGUCUCUGGAUGAGACCAUCAGCUUUUAUGAUGGAAUCAACUCAUUGCUUCUUAACAACUUCAAGAGGAGGAUUAAUUUUGGGAUCUUUAGCUGGCAAGCGUUUAUUGUCAAAGAUCGAGGUGCGAGGCUCGUUAUGAAAUAUUUAAGUUCCAGCAAAAGAGAUAUGUUGGAGCUUGUGGAUGGUAAGGUGUUGGCUAAAGACACCCCGGGCAAUGCGCAAGAACGGGAGUUCAAAAUAAAGGCCAUUGAGUCUACUGAUUCUAGUGAUUUGAUACCGUACAAGAAGGUGUCAUCCUCAUCUGUUAAUUCCGAGGGCAGUAAGCUAAGCCAGAAAAUCAUCAGCAGCACCGCGGUUUCGCUUGGACUAGUUAUGAAUUCUUCGAUAGACGAUGAGUUGAAGUUGGCCGACAAGGUGCUCAGUGUGCUACCUUGUAAAAAAGUUGUGUGGCUCUUGGUGAACAAGUUUUUCAUGGAUGUGUAUCCAUUCAUGUCUUUCUUUGAUGAAGAGCUGUUCAAAAGUGAAAUCACCAGACUCAUAGGCCCUGAAGAUUAUGUUUUGGAAAAUGUGGAAAAGAUAAACGUUGAAAAGCGGUUGGAUUACGCCUACAUAGGAAACCUUUUGGUGAUGCUCCGGCUUGCGUACUUAUCGAUGUUUUCAAACCGUCAAGAAGUGAAUGAAGAGAAUUUGAGAUCCACAGACACCAGUAGGGAAGCCCAAGACACAAAGUUCCUCUUAUCGAACCCAAUAAGUAUUCAAAUCGUGUACAUGGCGGAGCAGUGCUUACUCCAGUUUGACUUACUUCGUAAGUCCAGCUUUGUUGUGCUCCAAUUCAUGUAUCUCUUGACCCUAUAUCAUAAGUUUGGCCCCGAAGAAGGUGAAGGUGCUGAUGGAGGUACAGCUUUAAUCACCAAUGGGAUGAUGAUUCAGAGUGCAUACCAGAUGGCUAUCAAUCGAGAACCAGAAGCAUUCGAAGAAGGAAAAGAUGAUGAAAAAUUCAACAAUUUACUUCGUAAGUUAUGGUUCUUUAUGUUGAUAAGUGAUAUCGGCCAAGUUUAUCAAUAUGGGACGCCUCUUGCAAUCCAACCGGAGUUUUAUGACACUAGAUUACCGUUUUACAAAAAGGGUAACGAGAAUAUCAAAGAUGUGGAAAUGGAAAAAGAUGUGAUUUCUACGUUUGCAUAUUUCGAAGGAUUCUACAUCAAAUUGGUCAGUAUCUUGAAGAAAGUAAUUAACCUUCGACAACCAAGCAGAAUGAAAGAUAUCACAGAGAUGCUACUGGAUUUUGAGAUGACCAUCUACAAAACAUUUGGAAACAUUGAGGAUUUCAUGAUCAGCUUUAAAGAUGAUGCCUAUAGGUACCCCUUCACUAAGAUCAUGAAAUGCAAGAAUUUGAUCAACUUGACUGGAUUCGUAUCCAGCAUGGCCUCAGGAUUCAUGCAAAAUUUCGAACUUAAAGGCAACAUGGAGUUGUUCAUAUACUACCUCAAAAAAGUCGUUUGUGUCGGUACGUUGUCAAUGGUCCCAUUCUACAGCGAGCUUAUCUGUAGAAACCACAUCAACUUUGGGCCCACAGCUGAUUUCAUCUUGAAUCCCUACCUCCUUUUGUAUAUGCACAAAUCGAGUCAGUUCACGUUGUCGCUUAUACUAAGAGUUAAUGCCACAGUGCACUCAUUAAAGCGGUCUACCACCCACUCCACUGACAUGAAGUCCUACGACUAUCAGGUAAGAUUCUACAAGUAUGCCCAGUUGUCCAAGUACAUGGAAGCAGUGCUGAAGUACAACAUCACCUCGAUCUCCCGUUUAGCUAAUCGGUACUACUAUGCUUGGAGAGUGUCCAAAGCCCACAAUUAUCUUCUUUUGGCGCACACUCUGAACGAAAUCUACGAUGAGUGUGAUUUCUAUGAGGUGGUGAAGUGGUUCCAGGAAAUCCCCAUGUCUGAUAUCGACGAGUUGAUAGAUAUGUACAAAGGGACUUUGGACAAAAUCAAAGAAAGAAAAUACUUCUGCCCCGAAGAAAUAAAACGAAGAAAAACCCAAUCAGAACCAGAGUUUAACAGAACAUCUUCGUUCCUGACCAACUUAGAAGGAGUGGAACCUUCACCUAUUACCCUGUACAAUGAUCCGCCAAACCAGGAGAACUCACUACCAUCAUUUUCCAGCGAUAUCGAGGCUGGCUAUAACGAUAUGUUGAAUAACAAGGAGGUUGACAAGCUUUGGGCUCAAAUUACCAGUGAUUUUACCAAGGACACCAAGGACACCAAGGACGAGUCUAAAGAUAUGCUGUUUCUAGAAUUCUUUUCACAGGAGAAGUAUGAUGACAAUAUCUGGGGGCUUUAUGACGCCUUUGUUUAG